GCGGGGCGGGGGCAGUCGGAGCCGGCGAGAGACCGUGAGAGACACGGAGACAGUCAGAGACCCCGAAACCCCAACCCCCGCCCCCGCCUCCGCCCCCGUCUCGAUGGCGCCCCCCGGGCCGACCGCAGCCACCCGGGAGGGGAGGACGGGACCGUCACCGCCGCAGGCCCGAAGGGAGGAGGACGCGACCCCCGAGCCCCGCCAGCCGUUCGCGCAGACCUGAGACCCCCGAGACCCCCGUCGGUGGGAGGCGGCGCCAGGGAGGCGGGGACGGUGCGCGGGGCCUGCGGAGGACGCGCCCAGACAAAGAGCCCCCGCCCCUGGCGCGGCGUCUGGGCUGCGGCGUCUGGGCGCGCGCGGGGGUCUCCGGGCCGGACCCUCCCCUCCCCCGCCCCCCUCCCCUUCCCGGCUCCCGGCCCCGCCCCACGGAGGAGACGCGCUUUGUGCUGGGCGCCGGCCGCGCCAGCCACGGCCUGCGGCGCCCGCGGCACCAUGAUCUCCACCAAGGAGAAGAACAAGAUCCCGAAGGACAGCAUGACGCUUCUGCCCUGCUUCUACUUCGUGGAGCUGCCCAUAGUGGCUUCUUCCAUCGUAUCCUUGUACUUCCUGGAGCUGACCGACCUCUUCAAGCCGGCCAAAGUGGGCUUCCAGUGCUAUGACCGCACUCUCUCCAUGCCCUACGUGGAGACCAACGAGGAGCUCAUCCCGCUGCUGAUGCUGCUCAGCUUGGCCUUCGCGGCCCCUGCCGCCUCGAUCAUGGUGGCCGAGGGCAUGUUGUACUGUCUGCAGUCCCGGCUGUGGGGCCGUGCCGGGGGGCCCGCCGGGGCGGAGGGCAGCAUCAACGCCGGCGGCUGCAACUUCAACUCCUUCCUGCGGCGUACGGUGCGGUUUGUGGGUGUCCACGUGUUCGGCCUGUGUGCCACAGCCCUGGUGACGGACGUGAUCCAGCUGGCCACGGGUUACCACACUCCCUUCUUCCUCACCGUCUGCAAGCCCAACUACACUCUCCUGGGCACGUCCUGCGAGGUCAACCCCUACAUCACGCAGGACAUCUGCUCCGGUCACGACACCCACGCCAUCCUGUCUGCACGGAAGACCUUCCCGUCCCAGCACGCCACGCUGUCAGCCUUCGCCGCGGUCUAUGUGUCGAUGUACUUCAACUCGGUCAUCUCGGACACCACCAAGCUGCUGAAGCCCAUCCUGGUCUUCGCCUUUGCCAUCGCCGCGGGCGUUUGCGGGCUCACGCAGAUCACGCAGUACCGCAGCCACCCGGUGGACGUGUAUGCCGGCUUCCUCAUCGGGGCGGGCAUCGCUGCCUACCUGGCCUGCCACGCGGUGGGCAACUUCCAGGCCCCACCUGCAGAGAAGCCCGCGGCCCCGGCCCCCGCCAAGGACGCGCUGCGGGCCCUGACGCAGCGGGGCCACGACUCGGUUUAUCAGCAGAAUAAGUCGGUGAGCACCGACGAGCUGGGGCCCCCAGGGCGGCUGGAGGGCGCGCCCCGGCCCGUGGCCCGCGAGAAGACCUCGCUGGGCAGCCUGAAGCGCGCCAGCGUGGACGUGGACCUGCUGGCCCCGCGCAGCCCCAUGGCCAAGGAGAACAUGGUGACCUUCAGCCACACGCUGCCCAGGGCCAGCGCGCCCUCGCUGGACGACCCCGCGCGCCGCCACAUGACCAUCCACGUGCCGCUGGACGCCUCGCGCUCCAAGCAGCUCAUCAGCGAGUGGAAGCAGAAGAGCCUGGAGGGCCGCGGCCUGGGGCUGCCCGACGACGCCAGCCCCGGGCACCUGCGCGCGCCCGCCGAACCCAUGGCGGAGGAGGAGGAAGAGGAGGAGGAGGAAGAGGAAGAGGAGGAGGAGGAAGAGGAGGAGGACGAGGGCCCGGCCCCGCCCUCGCUCUACCCCACCGUGCAGGCGCGGCCGGGGCUGGGGCCUCGGGUCAUCCUCCCACCGCGCGCGGGGCCGCCGCCGCUGGUGCACAUCCCGGAGGAGGGCGCGCAGGCGGGGGCCGGCCUGUCCCCCAAAAGCGGCGCCGGGGUGCGCGCCAAGUGGCUCAUGAUGGCCGAGAAGAGCGGGGCGGCAGUGGCCAACCCUCCGCGGCUGCUGCAGGUCAUCGCCAUGUCCAAGGCUCCGGGCGCGCCGGGCCCCAAGGCGGCCGAGACGGCGUCAUCGUCCAGCGCCAGCUCCGACUCCUCGCAGUACCGGUCGCCGUCGGACCGCGACUCCGCCAGCAUCGUGACCAUCGACGCGCACGCGCCGCACCACCCCGUGGUGCACCUGUCGGCCGGCGGCGCGCCCUGGGAGUGGAAGGCGGCGGGCGGCGGGGCCAAGGCGGAGGCCGACGGCGGCUACGAGCUGGGGGACCUGGCGCGCGGCUUCCGCGGGGGGGCCAAGCCCCCGGGCGUGUCCCCCGGCUCGUCGGUCAGCGACGUGGACCAGGAGGAGCCGCGGUUCGGGGCCGUGGCCACCGUCAACCUGGCCACGGGCGAGGGGCUGCCCCCGCUGGGCGCGGCCGAUGGGGCGCUGGGCCCGGGCAGCCGGGAGUCCACGCUGCGGCGCCACGCGGGCGGCCUGGGGCUGGCGGAGCGCGAGGCGGAGGCGGAGGCCGAGGGCUACUUCCGCAAGAUGCAGGCGCGCCGCUUCCCCGACUAGCGCGGCGGGGCCGGGGGCGGGCGGGGGGCGGGCCGAGGGCGCGGGCGGCCGCGCGGAUGCUCAAUAAAGCGGCAGAAACCGAGGUCGGGCUCUUGGUCAUUCGCUCUGGCCCGCACGCCCCACGAAGGGACCCCCACUCUCAGGGCCGGGCCCACCCCGCCCGUGGCCCCACCUGGCGCUUCGGCGGACACCCGGGCGGGAGCCGGGGCCGCCCGCGGCACAGAAAGAGGAAACCAGCAAUGAAGGCGGAACGGAGCGAGGAUACAGAAGAUUUAUUCAAAGUCCAGGUACAGACUGGCCAACCUGCCUCUACAGCGUCCACAGCGAACACAGGGCUAGACAAGGGAGGAGUUUCUCAAACGGUUUUAAUCGGUUCUCUCCGCGUCACAAGCCAUCGGGUAAGGCAACGGAAUGUGCGUGGGGUCCCCUGUGGCUCCGCGGUCACAAUACUGAGCCUGGAAUUGCUGUUAGCAAAAUAUACAUUUGUGUCACCAUAAAAAACCGCGCCGCCGCCCCUCGGGUCUCACAACAGGUAUAAAAAAUUAUAAAUAUUUACACCCUUGUUACACUCUUUUACGGAAAGGGGAUCCUAGGAAAGCCCCCGGGACAGGACGCGGGGGCGGUAGAAAGAGCACAGAGAAGACAGGAGGAGCGCCCGCCUUCCGGGUCCCAGCAUCAGAGGCAGGCAAAACACAGAAAUGAGACUUUGGUCCAAAAUUUGAAGGAAGAAAAAACCCUGAAGAAGUUUGAGAGCAAGUUUUCUAGGCGACUGCAGGUGAAGGCGUGGUGUAAGGCAACCGGAGGCGAUGCCAGAGGCGGCGACACGCCCGCCCCUUCCCUGAAGCUCAGGGGCUCUAAGAUAGGACCGGGGCUCCCUGUGCCUGACCCGCUGGGCGGCCCCGCCUGCUCUCUGGAAACUGGGUCCUGCCUGUGACUUAAUUACAAGGAAUAAAAUAAAAGUAACAGCAUACAAGGUAA